AUGGGACAACAACAGUCCGGCUUCGGCGGAAAACGCGGCGACAACGAGCGCGGAGGCGGUGAUGCGGAUAAGGAAAAGAAAAAGAAGUACGAGGCCCCGGUGCCGACGCGCAUCGGCCGCAAGAAGAAGAGCAGCAAGGGACCCGACGCCGCCAACAAGUUGCCUGCUGUGACCCCGCACGCGCGCUGUCGGCUGAAGACGCUGAAGAUGGACCGGAUCAAGGACUUUCUGCUGAUGGAGCAGGAAUUCAUCCAGAACCAGGAGCGCCUGAAGCCGCAAGAGGAACGCCAGGAGGAGGAGCGCACCAAGGUCGACGAGCUGCGCGGCACGCCGAUGGCCGUCGGGUCGCUCGAGGAAAUUAUCGACGACCACCACGCGAUUGUUUCCACGAACGUCGGCAGUGAGCACUACGUGAACAUCAUGUCGUUCGUCGACAAGGAGCAGCUGGAGCCCGGCUGCUCGGUGCUGCUCAACCACAAGACACACGCCGUCGUCGGCGUCCUAUCUGAUGACACCGACCCGAUGGUGUCCGUGAUGAAGCUCGAGAAGGCCCCGCAGGAAACCUACGCCGACGUUGGCGGCCUCGACCAGCAGAUCCAAGAAAUCAAGGAGGCCGUCGAGUUGCCGUUGACGCACCCCGAAUACUACGAAGAGAUGGGCAUCAAGCCGCCGAAGGGCGUCAUCCUCUACGGCUGCCCGGGCACCGGAAAAACCCUCCUCGCCAAGGCCGUCGCCAACCAGACGUCCGCCACAUUUUUGCGCAUUGUCGGCUCGGAGCUGAUCCAGAAAUACCUCGGAGACGGGCCGAAGAUGGUACGCGAGCUGUUCCGCGUCGCCGAGGAGCACGCCCCGUCCAUCGUGUUCAUCGACGAAAUCGACGCCGUCGGCACGAAGCGCUACGACUCGAACUCGGGCGGUGAGCGCGAGAUCCAGCGCACCAUGUUGGAGCUGCUCAACCAGCUCGACGGGUUCGACUCGCGCGGUGAUGUCAAGGUGCUGAUGGCGACAAACCGAAUCGAGUCGCUCGACCCGGCGCUGAUCCGGCCCGGCCGCAUCGACCGCAAAAUCGAGUUCCCGCUGCCCGACGAGAAGACGAAGCGCCGAAUUUUCCAAAUUCACACCUCGCGGAUGACGCUCGGCGACGACGUCGUGCUCGAGGACUUCAUCACGGCCAAGGACGACCUCUCCGGGGCUGACAUUAAGGCAAUGUGCACGGAGGCGGGUCUGCUGGCGUUGCGCGAGCGGCGGAUGCGCGUCACGAUGGACGACUUCCAGAAGGCCAAGGAGAACAUCCUCUACCGCAAGAAGGAGGGAGCCCCCGAAGCGCUCUACAUG